UAUAAGAAGGCUGCCUGUUACAAAACCACAGUUCAGCCAAGACACUGAAGACAGACACUUCAAUAUCAAAAUGAAGACCUUCGUAGUAUUGUGUGUAUUUCUCGCCGUGGCCUACUCCCGGCCCGAAACAUAUGACAGUCGUUACGACGACUUCGACGCCAAGACUUUGGUUGAGAACACUCGUCUUCUGAAGGGCUACCUCAACUGCUUCCUCAACAAGGGACCUUGUACUUCUGAAGGACAUGACUUCAAGAAGACCAUUCCUGAAGCUCUUAGAACCAGCUGCGCGAAAUGCACACCCAAACAGCGUUCGCUGAUCCGUGAAGUCGUCAAGGCUUUCCAGACCAAGACCCCUGACCUAUGGAACGACCUUGCCAAGCAGGAGGACCCCAACGGCCAGUACAAGGACUCCUUCCAGAAGUUCCUUGACGCUUCCGACGCUCCAAAAAUGAAGUGCAUCGUGGUUCUGAUGGCGUUAGCAGUGAUGGCGCUUGGAGAGACGUAUGAUACAGUACAUGAUGAUCUGGAUGUAGAGGCUCUGGUGGCCGACGAAACUCAAUUCAAGCCUUUCGUCGGCUGUUUCAUAGACACAGCCCCCUGCAACGACGUGUCUUCUACUUUUAAAAAUGAUGCCCCUGAGGUAAUAGCCCAAGCUUGUGCCAAAUGCACGACAGCACAGAAGCACAUUGUCAGAGUGCUCACCCAGUCCUUCAAGAACAAGUGGCCUCAGGACUACGAGGUCUUCAAGAAGAAAUACGACCCUGAAGGGAUAUACUUCGAGAAGUUAGAAGCUGCUGUAGCGGACUUCUAGAACAAAAGUCAGAAA